AUGGUACACGAGCUGACAAACUCCGUCUUCGCUCCAGAUAACCAGCUGAUGCUGGGGAAUCCAGACAAGAUGCAAUUCCUUGCCUGCGCUCUACUCUGCCGUGGUGACAUUUCUGUACGCGACAUUCGGAAUGCUGUGAUACGCUUGAAGAGCAAGCGACAGAUCAACAUGGUUGACUGGUGUCCCACCGGAUUUAAGGCGAGUUAUGACAUACACAAAAUUUUGCCUGGUUUCAGAGAUAAGGACAUUAUAUGGCUUAUAGAGAUGAUCAAUCUAUGA